AUGCGGCCCCUACGCUUCCUCCUCACCUUACUCACCCUCGUCUUCGCCUUCUUCUGCCUUCUCUUCUUCGGUCCGUGGCGGGAUCACGACGAGCAGGAACAGCUUCAGCAACGCGGUAGUAUUGGAGCACUCUUCACAUGGCGGACACCUUCAUCGCUCUUUCCCCCUUCCGCCAUCAUUAGUCUGACGGACGACAACUCUACUUUCUUCUUGGCGCGGCCGGCUGCCUUCGGACCCUUACUUCCGGCCAAGAGCCGGAGUGGGCAGCUGUGGGUGGGUAGUGGGUUUGGUGAUGAUCACUUGGGGCAUGGUGGACCCGGCGCAGGCGCUGAGGGGGAGUUAGGGUGUAGUGAUAUUCCGGAGUGGCAUGAUGGGAAUUAUCAUGCUGGUAGAGGGAGACUGGGCGAUUUCAAGACUGCGACCGUCAAGGUGAAGUAUAACGAGGCCGGCAAGAGCAAGAGGAGCAUUGUUGUGGAGGCCGAAGUAGAUGAGGAUGUAGUGGAGGGCGAGGCUGAAGGUGAUGACGGCACGGACGACCAUCUUCAUCAUCCACUUCCUGCUUCGGGUGGUGUGAAGUCGAAUGGGCGACCAGCAGGCAGCACGAAGAAACCUACGCAUGCUGAUAUACAGUCUUUGCAAGAGACAGCGGAGAUCGCCGGCAAGGUGGUGCUGCUCAGUCGAGGAGGAUGUGGGUUCUUGGAGAAGGUGAAAUGGGCGCAGAGACGUGGUGCUACAGCCCUCAUCAUCGGCGACGACAUACGAGGAGGACCUUUGGUCACGAUGUACGCUCGCGGGGACACUUCGAACGUGACAAUACCUGCUCUUUUUACAUCCCAUAUGACAGCGCACUUACUGUCUAGCCUCAUACCAUCUGGUGGGUUACUGGACGAUCUCUCCGCUGAGGAGAUCGCGAGACUCGGGUUGGCGCUUGGUGAAAAAGCAGAUACUGGCAAGGCCAACAGGAAGUCUGCCGAGAAGCCGAACUUUACCACAACUUCAGCUGCGGUCAAAACGACCUCUACUGCCAAGUCCGCGCAGAAGGCUACCAAAGAGGGUGUAACAGAGGACGACGCCGAGGAGUUGGAUCUAGAAGCACAUGGUGCAGGUUGGAUCCACUCAUGGUUUAGCGGUCGACGGGAUGCUGGAGGUGAUAGCAGACGGCCACCAACAAGUGGUAAUCUAGGCUGGAUACAGCAGAAAGAUUUUGAAGAUGAUGGGGAAGAUGGCGGUAUGAUUGGGAAGGUCGCCCCAACCUCCACAAGCGCCAAACCGUUGACCACGGAGAAGGCAACCCAUGGUGGCGAUGGCUUUAGGAUUGGUGUUCAGGACUGGCGAGACCCUGAUAUGGUGGCUGAGGAGAAAGAGCGCCAGCAAGCUACUGCUUCUGCAUCAGUCUCAAGCUCAUCGACUAUCGUGCAAAGUAGCCGAGCAGCGAAGCAAACAGGCUUCAAAGGUGGCAGCAUCACUCCUGGCUCAGGAGAGUAUGCCAAGACGCAUCCGAAGGAGGCUCAUGCUGAAGCAGCUGGCGAGCAGACUGAAAGCAAGACGCAAGACGACAUGAAGCAAGGGUCUCACCAAGAGAUGUCAGGCAACUGGUUCACGCGCCUAUUCCAGGUUGAGCCCGAAGAGGAGUUCGAUCCGACGCCCGAGGCUUCUAAGCCUAACGUACCGCCGCCCAAGACUGACGGCCUCCGGACCUAUCACCAGAUUGUUGAUGGCAUGUCACAUCAUGAGGGUUUAUGGGUCACGCUGACACCGACUUCGAUGUCCUCCUCUCCGUUCUUUGACACCCUUCUCGUUCUCGUUGUCUCACCACUUGUCACACUGACAGUAGUCUAUGCCCUGCUACUACUCCGCUCUCGAAUCCGGAGACGAAGAUGGCGGGCACCAAAGUCAGUAGUCGAGCGCCUCCCAGUACGUACUUACCAGACUAUGCCAAGCACGACGACAAGUAGUACCUCCCCUGCUUCUUCAGUGGCAUCUUCACCAGUCACGGCCACGACACCUCUACUGCCAAGCAGUGCAAGGCCGAUUAAUGGGCGCCGAGCACGAUCACGGACUGCAUCCGAGGUCCCGAUCCAACCUAGCUCCUCUGUCUCAAGUGAGCUUGCUCCACCAUCGCUGGAGCAGAUCGAAGAGAAACGUGCUGCUGGACUAGCUGAGUGGCGGAGAAGGUACGGUGGCAAGCAGCGCGAGUGCGUGGUCUGUCUCGAGGAGUAUGUGGAUGGUGUCAGCCGGGUCAUGAGUCUGCCUUGCGGGCAUGAGUUCCAUGCUGAGUGCAUAACGCCUUGGCUAACCACCCGUCGCCGCACCUGCCCAAUCUGCAAAGGUGACGUCGUGCGCUCCCUCGCUCGAGCAAGCGGCACCGCGGCUCUCGGGUCCUCAGCUUCAUCGCCUCUGACUCUUCCACCACAACAGUAUCGCGAUGACCCUGAGGAUGAGGCGGCAGAUGUGCAGGAGCAGGCUGCUGUGGCGAGGAAUGAUGAUCCGGCUGCUGCGAGACCGAUUAGUCGGGAGGAUGAGGCGUUUGAGGAUCUGGAGAGGGGGGUUGGGGGUGAGGGGAGGCAGUGA